AUGACUUCCCCUUCCAACUCUUGGCCGAGGCAACUUGACAUAGACGUGUAUCGCGCGACGAAUCCCGCUCCUGAAUGGCCGGCCCAUCAUGGGGGCGGAAGAGCCAACACCGAGAAUCGUCCUCCAACUUAUGCUACGCACGCCACGAGUGCCCAACAUCCUAUUGCGCCAGCGGGCGGCAGCGUCGACUACUCUGAUCUCAGCUGGGUCAACCCCUUUGUCUUUGAGCAGUCACUCGAAGGCGGAGUCAAAGAGAAUGCCCAAGCGCCUGAGCAAUCGCACGCAGCUUCUCGUUCAACGACGCACGACUUUACGUCGACCCCCCUCCAGCCGCCUGUUACGCCUUGCGGAUCCGCUGGCGCAGCCGUCUACCGCGCUACUCCCUCGAGCGCUCAGACGCUACCACAGUCCUUCUCUGCGCCCUCUCAGGCUGACUACGCUCCUCCUCCCGACUUCCUCUCCGAUAUGACGGAAGAGGAGACCGACGCUCUCUUUAAAUCGUUUUCUGCAGUCUGGCCUGCGCCCGAGGUCAAUCCUCCGUCUCCGGUCAAACAAGACACUGCGUAUGUGACUGGCGUGCGCCAGGCGCUAUACGAUCGGACCAUCGACGCCCCGCAGGGCAUGUACACCGGUCAGCCGAGCUCCGCGCCUAAUGCGAAGACGCAGGUACCCAACGCCCUGAAAACCCCCGCGUCCGCCUACCUACGCACCUUCGAGGAACCCCGCCAACAUCGCGUCGGCCCGCUCACUGAUGCCAGUAACACUAUCUCCAACGCUGCGCAGAAGGUUUUUGGUUGGUCGCCGCCUCAGGCCGAUGAUACGACUCCGGUCAAGCAGAACACUGGGCAUACUGCUGCCCUCCUCGAGGCAGUGUACGAACAGUCUUCAUACCCCCAACAGGGAGUACUUGCGACUGGGAAUCCGAAUCUCUCGAAGGCGAAUACGCAGCCGUCCACUGCUCGACAUUCGUCUACGCCCGGCUUGCAGCAGCGAACCUUCGGGGAGUCCAUGCAGCAGCGGACCUUCGGGGAAUCCAGGCGGCAUCGAGUAGACCCGGCGUCUACUCCUGCGUCGACUGCAUUCGACUGGUCACCAUUCGGUCCUGCCACCCUGCGAGCGCAGGUCGACGAGGUGCUGCGUCGCAAGAUGCAGGCUCCGGAGGUGCGUCAGUCCGCGCAGGCCCCGGAGGCGCGUCAGUCCGCCGUCAGGCCCUUGCUCACUGACGUCGGUAAUGGCAUUGGUCAAUACGUGACUCCUUCCCUGCCAGUGUCGACGCCUGCGCUCUCUCGAUCUUUCACUUUCCCGCCCCCUUCGACUGGUGAAUUUGGCUCUACGUCGACAGGCGGACUUGGCUCUAACUCGACUACGGGACUCGCCUCCAUCCCGCCUACCGGACAGCCCUCUAUCUCGACUACCUUUCCACCUCCGAGCAAUCUGGAGGUCAUAGACGAGACUCCAGAAAUUGUCGCUUACGCCACGAAGCGCAAGGCAGAUUUUGGUCAGGAGGGCCGCGGCGCUGUGAAGCAAGUGCGGUUUCUUAGCCCUGACCGGGACGAACAACCGAAGGCCGAUGCGGCGAAGGCACCGCAGGGGACAGAGGCGCGCAACAUCAGCACGCCCACUGAGAUCCCUCCAUCAACUUCCCGCACGGCUGCGCCGCCCGCACUCACUACGUCGUCAACUGACAGUGCGGCUCCUCGCUGGACCGAUAGCGCCCGAAAGGAUGGAGCUUGGAUCAUCCACCUGCCUCGCGAUAUGGUCUUUGCAGCCUACCCGACCCAUCCCAUGGAUUUGUACCUCAUGCGGGCAUCGGACGCGCGCGAGCGGGGCUGCAAGAUCUUGCAGCUGGGGCAGGUUCUUACGGCGCCUCAGAUGGACUUGCCGCGCUGGGUCGAGCCUCCGGAGCGCAAGCGCGCAGACGACGCGCGCACCGAGUCAGCGGCCGCGGGCGAGGUGCAGGUUGAGCCUCCUGCGAUCGCGCCUACGUCGACGACGCCGAAGUCCUCGGAAGCACAGAAACCCCCGACGACACGACCUGCGCGACAACGGUCCGCUUCCCUCUCGUCUCUCAGCAGCCUCUCGUCCGACGAGGAUUCUGAGACCGCGCGCCCCAACGGACGCCCCGACAAAGCGCACCGCUACUGCCCCUGGCAAACCUCCGCCGGCACGCGCUGCGGCCACGACUACUGGACGGACAGCAACCUUGCUCAGGGACUUAGCUUCCGCGUCGCGCUGACCCGCCACACUUAUCCUCAUCGAAGUGCCGCGCUUGGUGACGCUUGCCCUACAUAUUUGAAGCUCAAAGGCCCCAGGGCGAUAGACCUUUGUCAUGUGAAGGUGCGGUGCGGGAUGUGGGAGGAGGGGGCGCCUGCCGCGUGCGGGGCGUCUGUGUGCUUCGGCGACCUGAUCGACCACAUCUACGAUGUGCACUACAAUGCUGGUCAAGCGGCGUAA